AUGAUUAUCCAUGUGGAUUGGCUUACCACAUCGGUAAAACCCGCAAGUAAACUUUUCUCCACCAUCUGUGACGCUUAUGAGAAGAACACCCAAGCUAGGCAAAUUCAGCUUCAGGACGCAUUUUGGACAGCUAGACAUGACCCAAAUCAGCCAAUCGCAAAAUGGAUCGCUCGGAUUCGCAUGGCAGCCUCGGAUCUGGCUAGCGUAAAGUCCACUCCGUCUGAUCAACAGAUCUGUGACAGACUGGUUCGCGGCCUCGACGACUCGUGGAAAACAAUCAGAGAUCAUCUUGUCUAUUCCCCUAACAAAGUUUCACUCGACGACGCUGUUGGAGCAAUUGAAGCUCAUGAGAUCUCAACGACUACCUCGCUGGACCACUCUGACCAUCUACCAACUACUGCGGCCGUAGCAAAAACCAAAGGACGACCACAAUGCUACACGUGCGGUGAGAAAGGUCAUCACUCGGCCAAUUGUCCAAACAAGAAGAAGCAACUCAAGGCCUCAGCACGGUUGGUCAAAGCCCGCGCGGGUGCCACCUCCGUUGUUCAACUAGGAGGUUACGACUCAAACAAUGACAAAGAUGACAGCUUUGACAAGGAAAUAGAUGUCUGGGUGGCUGUCGUGGCCUCUCCCUACUCCCUAUCUACGUAG